UCUAAGCUCCCUAAAGUCCGUUUACGAAGUACUCGCCGAUUCCCUCUCUCCAAGAUAGAAUAGAAUCACAUUAGAGGUAUCGAACAAAGUUGAAGACCGUAAAGUCAGGUGCCCUCGGGUUUCGGAUGAUAACACCGAUCUACGUCCUAUCUCACUUCCGAAGAUAGCUUCCUCUUGUCCUGCAAAUAGUGGCUUUUUCGAUAGCUCUCGUAUAUACGCCUGUUAAACCCCGCAUCAACUAAUUCCGUUAUGGUAUAUUUGCCCGAGCAUAAGCACAUAUAUAAGAGCUUAUCUCUUCCAGUACGCCAAACCCAUGUGCUACUUCUGAAGCACUGAGCAAAAGCCAUCCUUGAAGAGAAAGACAGCUUAGCAACAUUAUGAAACUCUACGACUCCCCCGCCCCAAACCCCAUGGCCGUCAGGUUGUUCAUUCUCGAACGUGGCGGUCUCAACCUCGAUGUCGAAGUCGUUGACACCAAGACUCUCCAGAACCGACGCCUUCCGUAUCGCGCGAUCAAUCCUCGGGGAGAAGUCCCCGCCCUUCAACUGGAUGACGGCACGAUCCUGACUGAAGUCACGGCCAUUUACGAGUACCUGGACGAGAUCGCCGCUGGAGGCACAUCGCUCUUUGGUAAUACGCCGGAACAGCGUGCCGAGACCCGCAUGUGGCUGAGAAGGAUGGAUUUGGAGAUUUGUCAACUGGUUAUUGCUUGGAUCAGGAAUGAUCCCGCUACUAUCGAUCUCUAUAAAGGCCAUCGUCUCCCGACGCCUGAGGCGAGGGUGAAUCAGAAAGUGAUGAUUAAUCAAGCGUUGAACAUGCUGGAUGAUCAGUUGGAGGGGAAGACUUGGCUAUGUGGGGAUAGGUUCUCUGCUGCUGAUGUUCACUUUUAUGGGUUGAUGAAAUUGAUGUCUAUGAGGUUCUGUGAUUGGGUGCUGUUACCGGGACGGGAGAAUUUUCUGGCAUAUUGGAAGAGAUUGGAUGAGCGUGAGGCUUCGAAGAAGGCUUUGCAGACUUUUGCGGCUAGGGUUGAGGUGUAAUGCACAUACUGGGUCUCUGAGAGAUGGUUCCCAUAGGAUCAUAUCAUUGACUCUUCAAGACUAGCUACCGAUACAAUGGUGUCAGGUAGGUUUGUGUGACUAAUUCCCAAACAUAUACAGACUAUUCAUCCAGACGUCUUACAGCUCUUCUCGGUUGCAAUAAGCUGAUGCUUUCUUCUUGUUAUUGUUAGCUUAAUUCUAUUUAUGCCGAGGCACUGG